AUGACCAGCGUCAAGGAUGCCGUGAAAGAGUCCUUGGUGGGAAGCUCCAGUGAGCCCCAGGCUUCGCACCAGGUCAAGGCCAACUUCCUCCGUCAUGCCCGCAAAGACGAUGCCACGGGGGAGUUUUUCAUGAGCGAAGACGACUUCAUUAACGCCGUGGCCCCUAAACAUGAAGAUUAUCAUAAAAUUAAGCGGGAACACUACGGGAUCCUCUUCCGCGUCGCAGACCGUCGCAAUACCGGAAAGCUCACCCUGUCCGACUGGGCCACCUUUGAGAACCUCCUCGCCAAACCCGACGCCGAAUAUGAGAUCGCGUUCCGGCUGUUCGACACCGAAGGCACCGGUACCGUCAAGUGGGAGACCUUCAAGAACAUCUAUAACCUGAACAAGAAGAAGGACAGCAUCCCCUUCGACUGGAACUCAGAAUGGGCGUCCCUGUACACCGGCCGCACGAAAAGCCGACACGACAUGACCUACCCUCAGUUUGCGCAGAUGUUGCGGGGUCUCCAGGGUGAGCGCAUCCGUCAGGCCUUCCACGUCUUUGACAAGGACGGAGACGGCUACAUCGAGCCCGAGGACUUCCAGCGCAUCAUCCUGGAGACGUCGAAACACAAGCUGUCGGAUUAUGUCCUCGAGCACCUGCCCAGUCUCUGCAACAUCUCCACCGGCACCAAGAUCUCGUAUGCGACGGUUCGGGCCUUCCAGAAUGUGAUGCGCGAGAUGGACAUGAUCGAUCUGAUCGUGCACGAGGCGACCAUGAAGAGUGACGACGGCAAGAUCACCCGUGCGGAUUUUCUGAACGAGGCCGCUCGCGUCACUCGCUUCUCCCUGUUCACCCCCAUGGAGGCGGACAUCCUGUUCCACUUUGCGGGCUUGGAUGCGCCGUCCGGCAGACUGUCGCAGAAGGAUUUCGCCAAGGUCAUUGAUGCGUCGUGGCGCAUGCCUCUCGCCGCUGCGGGACAGGCCAUCGAGUCGGCAUCGGGGACGGCGCACAAGGCGGCCGAAAAGACGAAGUCGGUCUUGUACAACGUGUUGGAGUCUGUGCACCAUUUCGCCCUGGGGUCCCUUGCUGGUGCCUUUGGCGCGUUCAUGGUCUACCCUAUUGACCUGGUCAAGACGCGAAUGCAGAACCAACGCUCCUCCCGCGUGGGUGAACGCCUGUACAACAACUCCCUCGACUGCUUCCGGAAGGUGAUUCGCAACGAGGGUUUCACCGGAUUGUACUCCGGCGUUGUUCCUCAGCUGAUUGGUGUUGCCCCUGAGAAGGCCAUCAAGCUGACGGUGAACGACCUGGUCCGUGGUCAUUUCACCAACAAGGAGACCCACAAGAUCUGGUACCCGCACGAGGUCUUGGCUGGUGGUGCCGCCGGUGCUUGUCAAGUUAUCUUCACCAACCCGCUCGAGAUCGUCAAGAUUCGUUUGCAGGUACAAGGUGAAAUUGCAAAGACCGUCGAGGGUGCUCCUCGUCGUUCUGCUCUCUGGAUUGUGAAGAACCUGGGUUUGAUGGGUCUGUACAAGGGAGCGAGCGCCUGUCUGCUCCGUGAUGUUCCUUUCUCCGCCAUCUACUUCCCGACCUACUCUCACCUCAAGUCCGACUUCUUCGGCGAAUCACAGACCCACAAGCUCGGUGUUGUGCAGCUUCUCACCGCCGGUGCCAUUGCCGGUAUGCCUGCUGCUUACUUCACCACGCCCUGCGAUGUCAUCAAGACGCGUCUGCAGGUCGAAGCUCGCAAGGGUGAGGUCAACUACACGGGCCUCCGCCACUGCGCCGCAACUAUCUGGAAGGAGGAAGGCUUCAAGGCGUUCUUCAAGGGUGGUCCUGCGCGUAUUAUUCGGUCGUCUCCACAGUUCGGUUUCACUCUGGCGGCCUACGAAGUUUUGCAGAAGUGGCUCCCGAUGCCUGGGUCUCAUGAGGACAUCACUCCCAGCGGCCAGGUCGAGCCUGGCGUCGGCCUGCAGGUUGCCAAGGCCCCGCUGCCCUACCUGAGAUCGAGAAACGCGCUGAAGCUGAUUCUCGAUCUGGACGAGAACAUCGGCCGACUUCCGAUCCCCCGGACUGAGCAAUGGCCCAAGUUCCUCCAAAGCCAGAAGCAAUAA